UUUACAUAUAUUGUAUUGUGGAUUUGUAUUUGAGAAAAUAAUACGCAACAAAGUUGUGGCUUAACCAAUUCAUUCUUCAAUACAAUCUUUAAGUGGAAAAUUGCGUUGUGGAACGAUCCUUUUUGUUAGCCAAUAUCAUGUGGUCGUCUGUUCAAGUGAGACGGUCUUUUAUAGACUUUUUUGUACAAAAGGAACACGUUUUUUAUCCAUCUAGCCCAGUGAUACCUUUUGAAGACCCAACAUUGCUCUUUAUUAACGCUGGUAUGAAUCAAUUUAAACCAGUUUUUCUGGGAACUGUGGAUCCAACAAGUCCUUUGAGCAAGCUAAAAAGGGCUUGUAACUCCCAGAAAUGCAUUCGAGCAGGUGGUAAACAUAACGACUUGGAGGAUGUCGGAAAGGACACCUAUCACCACACUUUUUUCGAAAUGUUGGGUAACUGGUCGUUUGGAGAUUAUUUCAAGGAAGAAGCCAUAGCUUGGGCAAUGGAGCUUUUGACCCAGGUAUUUGGGUUACCAAAGGAACGAAUGUAUGCAACCUAUUUUGGUGGAAGUAAGGAAUGGAAACUGGAACCUGAUUGGGAAGCAAAGAAUAUUUGGCUGAAAUAUUUGCCAGAAGACAGAGUUCUUCCGUUUGGUGCGAAAGAUAACUUUUGGGAGAUGGGAGACGUUGGACCUUGUGGUCCUUGUAGUGAAAUCCAUUUUGAUCGUUUGGGAAAUAGAAAUGCUGCAGAGUUAGUCAAUAAGGACGACCCUUCAGUGAUAGAGAUAUGGAACUUGGUGUUUAUUCAGUUUAAUAGGGAGACGGAUGGCACACUCAAGUUACUUCCAAACAAACAUAUCGAUACUGGAAUGGGAUUCGAACGAGUUGUUUCUAUAUUACAAGGAGUUGGCUCUAAUUAUGAUACUGAUGUAUUUUCUGGACUUUUCUUGGCUAUUCAAGAGAAAACGGGUUGUAGAAGAUACACUGGGACGAUUGGUUCGCAAGAUAAGGAUAUGGUGGAUACUGCCUAUAGAGUAGUUGCCGAUCAUGUGAGAACAUUAACGUUUGCCAUUACAGAUGGAGCAGUACCUUCGAAUAAUGACAGAGGAUACGUAUUGAGAAGAAUUCUUCGGAGAGCAGUACGAUAUGCACAACAGUUUUUAGGUGCCAAGACUGGUCUCAUCUCCUCAUUAGUGGAUGUGGUAGUAGAACAGAUGAAAGAUGCUUUUCCAGAACUUCAACAGCGAGUGGAUUUUGUGAAGCAAGUUAUUCUUGAAGAAGAAGAAUCCUUUGGAAGAACACUCUUAAAGGGUAUCGAAGCAUUUAAUAAGUUGGCAUCUCAUUUAGAAAAUGAAGGAAAGACUAUCGUUCCUGGACAAGAUGUCUUCUUUCUAUAUGAUACUAUGGGAUUCCCAUUGGACUUGACUGAAGUGAUGGCAAGGGAACGUGGUCUCAAAGUGGACGUUCGAGGUUUUGAUGAAGCACUUGAAAAUGCUCGAAAGAUAUCUCGAGCUGACCGAUUCUCGAAUGAAGUAGGAUCCAAGUCAUUGCAAUUGGGAGCUGAUGAAAUAUUUCACUUGCAGAAGAAUGGAAUAAUGCCUAGUGUAGAUGAAGCCAAAUAUCGUUGGUUUGAAUCAUUGAGUUCUUUCAUAGUAGCUCUAUUUGAUGGUAAGCAUUUCCAAACGAGUUUCCAUCAUAAUAGAGCAAAAGAUACACAAGAUGGAGAACAAUAUUUGGGUGUCGUUUUGAAGGAAACCAACUUUUAUGCAGAGGCUGGUGGUCAAGUUGCAGAUACGGGAACUGUACUGAUAAAGAAAGAUGGUGGUGCUACUAGUGGAGAGUUUGUAGUGACCGAUGUUCAGUCAUAUGGUGGAUAUAUAUUGCAUGCUGGUUACUUAUCUUGGGGAAAUAUGUCAGUUGGAGACCAGAUUGUGUGUCAAGUUGAUUAUCAAAGAAGGCAAAAGAUCGCUCCCAAUCAUACCAUGACUCAUGUACUCAACUUUGCGUUGAGGAAAAUAUUUGGUCCAACAUGUGAUCAACGAGGGUCCUUGGUAGAUCCCAACAAACUUAGAUUUGACUUUGCUGCCAACAGAGGUAUGAGUCGUGAUGAUUUAAAGUUGGUGGAUGAGAUUGUACAGGCAAAGAUUGAAGAAGCUCUCCCUGUAGUAUCUAAAGUAGCUCCAUUGGCCUCUGCAAUGUCCAUUCGUUCUCUUCGAGCAAUCUUCAAUGAACAGUAUCCUGACCCAGUGCGAAUUGUUGCAGUUGGAGGCAAUAUUGAUGAAAUGUUGAGAGAUCCGGAGAACGAGAUGUGGUACGAUUAUAGUGUAGAGUUGUGUGGUGGUACACAUAUAAGUAAUACCAAAGUAGCUGAAGCUUUUGUGACCAUUGAAGAAGGAGGAGUUGCAAAAGGAAUCCGAAGAAUUGUUGCUCUAACUGGAAAGGCAGCUAAACAAGCCAUCAUAGAUGCUCAAAAACUUCAAGAUGAAGUGAAUCUAUUACAAGAGCUUCCUGUGGAUGAAUUGAAUGAGGAACUGUCCAAAGUUGGUCAAAGAGUAGAUACUGCGUUGAUUCCUCUUCUUUCCAAGCAGCAUUUCAAGGAACAACUACAGCAACUGAAUAAACAAUUGCUUCAAAAGAAAAAAGAACAACAGGCAAAGGUUGAAAAGGAAGUGAUGGAGCGAAUUGAUAAAAGUAUUCAUAAUCGAAACAAAAUAUUUGUAUUGGUUUUGGAAGAGAUACAAGGAGAUGCGAAAGUAUUGUCCAAACUAUUGUCUAGUGUGAAGACGAAUUAUCCUCAAGUCAGUAUAUGUUUGAUCUCAGCGGACGACAAGAAACGUAGACUUGUUGUGUCAGCUUUGGUUUGUCCACAACAUAUUUCACAAGGACUUUUUGCAAAGGACUGGGUAGAAGCUGCCUUGAAGGAGUUGGAUGGUAAAGGUGGUGGAAAGGAUGAUCAAGCACAAGGUCAAGCGAAAGUAGGUUCUGAGAAGUCUGAAGUAGUAAAGAAUUGUGCAACAACGUUUGCUCUUUCGUUUGUUCAAUAAAAGUUUAUUCUUCUUCUUUUUUAGGCUCUUGAAAGAUAUCCAGUGAAGUUCUCGGU